UCAUAUGACCAGGCAGCAGAAGCAGGUGGUUGGAUCAUAUGAUGUUGUCAGGCGAAGCUGAGGAAGAGCAAGAUCUCUGAAUCACUGACUCACAGCCCACAUCAAUCCCUACAUUCAAAGGUUAUUGUUUCCUCCCCAGUCGCGUGCACCUGACACUUCACCAACCAUCAGGCAGGAUGUCAUAUGGGUCCAUUGACAGCGGCUCCUUUGGCAGUCGUAACCCAUUUGGAGGUCCUAUGAGGCAGGGCUACCAGCCAGUAGCCACACAGGUCAGCCCCUCAGAACUGCAAGAUGUGUUUCAGGAGACCUCCUCCAAUAUCUUCCAGAUCAAUGCCAAUGUGGUCACACUAGAGAAAAAUCUUCAGUCACUGGGAACGUCGAGAGAUACCGCAGAGCUCCGACAGAGUCUGCACUCCACUCAGCAGCAAACCAACAAAGUCAUCACCAGCACAAGCCAACUCAUCAAACAGCUCUCUGAUAUAAUCAGUGGCUCUUCACGGCAAGACCGUCUGCGACUGACCAGACUAAAGACUGAGCUCUCUGAGUCUGUGCAGCGAUAUGGGGAUCUCCAGAAGAAAAUUGCAGAACGCUCAAGGGCCCUGCUCCCUCCAGCACAGAAAGACAAGAAGAAGAGUCCUCAGACUCCAUCCAGUGAGCAGAUAGAGGAGGGUCCACUGUUUGGAGCAGGCUCAGAGGGAGGAGGUCAGGCUUUCCUGUCUGAGAUCAGUGAGGAGGACGUGGAGGUGCUCCGUCAGAGAGAGGAGGCCUUGCUUCAGAUUGAGAGAGACAUGCUGGAUGUCAGUCAAAUCAUGAAGGAUCUGGCCAGCAUGGUUCAUGAACAAGGAGAUGCAAUAGAUAGUAUUGAAGAUUAUAUCCAGACAACUUCUUCUAAUGUGGAGUCAGCCAAUCAAGAACUUGCCAAGGCCAACCAAUACCAGAGACAGCUGAGGAAGAGGAAGUGUUACCUCCUAUUGGUUGGUGCCAUCAUCCUCACCAUCCUCAUCAUUAUCAUAGCUGUUUCAGCAAGAAAAUGAGGUUGACCAUUGUGGUAGCUGUUGUCAUCACAGUGUCACUGCACUGCUCCUGCCCAGUCUGAUCCUUGACCUGAGCAGCUGGUUCCCAGUAGGAGGGAGCAGCCCUGCAACAACAUCUCUACUCCAUCAUCUCUGGCUCUGUUUACAUGUGUGUCAGUCUGAGGAUGGAGGCCUUUCUCAGCAUACCUCCAGUCUUCAUAAGCCUCUUAUGAAAUCAUCACUGUUCCCACUAGUGUUUCCUUUUUUUCUUCUUUUUUUUAAUGCAGCAGCUGUUUGCUGUAAUCUGAAAGUUAAGUCCCAAAUGCAAAUGUAGUGAUCGCAUGAGAGGCACAAGCUGGGUGUUUCCUGUAUUAAAUCUAACGGGUAAUGCUCUGUUUUGCAAACCUUCAGUCCCAAACACUAAAUCAGAUGAAGGAGAAGUUUCAGAGUGACACUGUCUUCAGCUGCUGUAUAUUCUACGCUCCCUUCCUCGCAUUUUUACUGAAAUGAACUUUGUAUUUAUUAGCUUGCAGUGUAAUUAAUAUAAUUAAUAAUCACUAUUAUAUUACAGUGUUUGUUGAUAUUGGUAAAUACUGUUUGAAUAUAUAUAUAUACCUUCCAAAAUAAAAGUCUAAGUUCAGCAGCAAGCGA